CUGAACCUCCAGCGAUCUGGGUGAUUUUUUUUCAAAUAGAGCAGAAACCCAUUACCAAGAUGCAGUUUAUAAACAACUAACAAAAAUCAACUCUUGAGACAGAUAUAUCAAAUGUACUUAUUUAACUUCUUUAAGAAGUGUACUAGCGUCAAUAAUCAUACACGAAAUAAUGGUCAAAAUGUUGAAGAAAUAAACGUGACUGAAAAUAAAUUAACUAUUUUUUAAAAAGUAAGAGAACCAAGUUGCCAAUUUCGGUUCACUUUUUCACCUUGAACCACGAGGUGAAUAUGUUGCCAACCAAUCACCGUCCAUUGUGCUCCCAUCGUUUUAAAGAAUAACCAAUAGACAAUCGCUGAGCGUAAGCAAUUGUCCAAUAGCAACUAUGUUGUUUUCAGUGGGCGUGUCUCCCACUGUCGUGAAAGAAACUAGCUGCGCUUCUGAUCACAGAAUCCUACCAGGAGCUUUGUGCUAGAUGGAGGUUGUGUGCGGACUCCAACGGCUCCAGCAGGCCCUCCAGUAGAAGCCUGCGUUGAGGUAAGGAAAAUAUUUUCACCGUAGUCUGGGAUUUUAUUCAAUUCAAUCGGCCGUUAGGUUGUAAUCUCAUGCUUACCAGUUUGCUGCUCUCUUUGUUUGUGUUCUUGUAUUAAGAUAGCCGGAAAACACAUUUAAUUUGUUAAUGAAUUUUAUUUUUUUUUCUUUUUUUUUUCUUCCUCCUUUUUCCUAACUCUUUCUUCCUCCGAGGCAUUUUCCUCGGCUGUUCAUGCAAGUUUCACACCAGGUGUGAUGGAUCUCAGUGUGCGUUGAGUUCUUCGGUGUCACCAAAUUCUAAUCAAUAAUCCCUCAAUCGAAGGGAAGUAAGAAGUACUUUGGUCUCAUGGGUCGUGAUCAGGAACACCUGUAAACGUAAAGAGGGCUCCGCGCGCCGUCUGCUGUGGGGUUUAGGCCGAGAACAGGGGAGAUAUCGCUUCCAGAGCAGGACAUGGGUAAGCGCAAAUCGAGUUAGUAGGGAGAGGGCCGCACCGGACCUGAACACACCCUCAACAUGAAGGAAAAAUCCAAAAAUGCGGCCCGGACGCGUCGGGAGAAGGAAAACAGUGAGUUUUACGAACUGGCCAAGCUGCUGCCGCUUCCUUCUGCCAUCACCUCCCAACUGGAUAAAGCCUCAAUCAUCCGCCUGACUACCAGCUACCUGAAGAUGAGAACCGUAUUUCCUGAGGGCCUUGGGGAGUCCUGGGGUCAUGUGAACCGCAGCUCUCUGGAUGGUGUCAGCCUGGAAUUAGGCUCCCAUCUUUUACAGACAUUAGAUGGAUUCAUUUUUGUGGUUGCUCCAGAUGGAAAAAUAAUGUAUAUCUCAGAGACAGCGUCAGUGCACUUGGGUCUAUCACAGGUAGAGUUGACAGGAAACAGCAUUUAUGAAUACAUUCAUCCAUCAGACCAUGAUGAAAUGAAAGCGGUCCUCACAGUCCACCAACCUUACCAUUCCCAUUUUGUACAAGAGUAUGAGAUGGAGCGCUCCUUCUUCCUAAGAAUGAAAUGUGUCCUGGCUAAAAGAAAUGCUGGUCUCACCUGUGGAGGCUACAAGGUUAUCCACUGCAGUGGCUACCUGAAGAUCCGUCAGUACAGUCUGGACAUGUCUCCAUUUGACGGCUGCUAUCAGAACAUCGGUCUGGUGGCCGUUGGUCACUCGUUACCACCCAGCGCUGUAACAGAAAUCAAACUGUACUGCAACAUGUUCAUGUUCAGAGCCAGCCUGGACAUGAAACUAAUCUUCCUUGACUCACGAGUUGCAGAGCUAACAGGCUAUGAGCCUCAGGAUCUCAUAGAGAAGACUCUCUAUCAUCAUGUCCACAUCUGUGACUCUCUCCACCUGCGCUAUGCACAUAAUUUGCUAUUGGUGAAAGGUCAAGUCACAACAAGAUAUUACCGUUUCUUGGCCAAAGAAGGUGGUUGGGUCUGGGUUCAGAGUUAUGCAACUAUUGUGCACAACAGCCGCUCAUCCCGACCUCACUGCAUCGUCAGCGUCAACUAUGUCCUUACGGAAGCAGAAUAUAAAGGUCUUCAGUUUUCUCUGGAUCAGGUUACAUCCAAGGCCUCCUUCAUGUUCAGCACCAAUAGUGUCACCAACAGCCUUCCAGAGAACUGCAAAACCCUCAAAAGCAGAGUGAUCCGGCUCAAGACCAAAUCUAGACUUUCACCAUACACUCAGUAUCCUAGCUUCAACACAGAGUCUGACCUGGACAGUCCAUGGGGAAGCAGUCCUCUGACAGACUCAGCUUCCCCUCAGCUGAGUGAACACAUGGAAGCCUCUUACAGCUACAGAAACUUAUCUGAUCCACGGAGUCUCUGCUGCAGUUUAUUUGAAGAGCAGCACCACACCACCAGUGAUAUCGACACACACAUCCACACACAUGGUCAAGGGCAGAGUUGUGAGAGGGGUCCAUGUGAUGCAAGUCGAUAUUUUCUUGGAGAUCCACCAACCAGCAGGGAUACAUGGUUCAGCACAGCCCAGUCCUUUAUACCACUGAGUAAAAGGUAUUUGGACAAUCAUGAUGGAUACAAUCGCAGUUUGGCAAGCAUCUCAGCAAUCCAGAGCAAGCAAGGCCGAGCCCACUGGGAGGAAGACAGCAUAGUCAGCUCUCCAGGUGGAGGCUCAGUCAGUGACUCAGGAGAUCUGUAUCAAGCAGAUCACCACUCCUGCAGCCCAGAGGAGCCCAGUAAGAUUGAGACUCUGUUAAGAGCCACACAGCAGAUGAUCAAGAAAGAAGAGAAUCAAAUGCAGCUAUGCAAGAGCUUUGAAAAUACACCUGCAGGCAUUGUCAAUGGACUUCACAGGGGUGCUGCUUCAGGUUUUACUUCUGAGUACACUCAACGGUCCUUACAAACUAUGGUGUGCCGAAGUUUUAGCCAAGUGAUAAGCCCUGCUUCUAGUCCUACCCCUUUAUCCAGAUUUAGCAGUCCUAGUGCUGAGUGUUCGCACAGGCCCAAAGACUACCACCAGACUGACAUGAAUCCUCUUCCUUUGCAGUUACACAACCCAUUUGGUCGGUUGGGUGCCUGCACAGCUUUACCUACACCAGCACCUGCACUCUACCCCUCUCACAGUCACCCACGAUCAUAUGUGUACAGACAUCCUUCAUAUUCCUUGACAGGCUACACUCUGGAGCACCUGUAUGACCCUGAGAACCUGUGGGGCUACUGUACUUCUGCUAGCACUGAGACACUACAAUCACUUUCUUGUACCAGGAGAACAAAAUUCUGGACAUAAAGGGCAGUCAUUCAUUGUCACCAACAGUAGCAUUAGCUCCCACAAAGGGACUACAGUGACAUAGCUUGUACAAGCUGGCUAUCUGGUUAAUAUAUUUCCCUUUAUAGGAAAUAUAUUAAUUCCCUAUAAAGGGAAUAUAUUAAUUCCCUAAGGGAAUUAAUAUAUUUCUGAGUGUGUGAAAAAUAUUCACAAGAUGAAAUAACGAAAUCAUAGUAGAAUACCAGUGCCUGAACUCUUAACAGAUAAUUUUAUUUCAGUCUGUCGUUGUGUCCUUGGGCAAUACACUUCACCCGCAUUGCCUGCUGGUGCUGGUCUGAGGUUUCGGUGGCAGCCUCACCUUUGUCAGACUGCCCCAAAGCAGCUGUGGUUACUAUCCAGUAGCUUGCCACCUCAGUGUGUGAAUGUGUGUGUGAGUGGAUGACUGAAUGUAGUGUGAAGCUCUUUGGGGUCCUCUGGAUUUGACAAGGCACUGUACAAGUACAAGCCAUUUACAAUUCCAUCCAAGUUUAUGUAUUUUAUUUUUCCUGUUUUAAGACCGAAAGGAUCAUCUGACCUGACUACAACACAUUUAUUAAACCCACACUAAAAUAUGAGGAGCCAGUUAGAGAGUAUCAAACGGUAGCUUCUCUUGGCAUUUAGAGGCCUAUUUUCAUCCCCAUUGUGUUACAGUAAUUACUGAGGUGAAAACUUGAAAACUAGCCAUGUUCCAAUUUCUGAAGUUAAGCCAAGAGUCAAGGAGUUUUUUAUUCAGGUCAGCCUGUAUCAUUAUCGGAUUGAAUGAAGUAGCUGUUGGUGGGAAGUCGUCUAGGAAGUGAAAAACUGCAAGUGAAAGAGCUGUCUUCCUGCGACAUUUCUAACAUUUGGGAAAAUAAAAUUAUAGGUAGUCUGGUUACUGUCCCUGUUUAUCCCGCAAGCAAUUCAUUUUAGAAAGUGUUCAUCUUGUAUGUGUGAUUUUCUUGUCAGAUAAUGGUAUAAAAAAUCUGAGUUCUGUUGAUGUGGUCAAUUCAUUUGCUAGAGCACACAAUGAGCUUUCUAAAAUUUUGUACUGCAACAAUUAGAGAUAUGUAAAGUUAUCAAUGUCUGCUUUGGAUCAAGUUGAUCCCCUCACACACUUGUAUGCAUAACAAUUUUCUGCGCUUUCUCACUCAUCUUUGAGGAAGAGGGUAAACAAAGGGACAGAUACACUCAUGACCGCCAUAAUACAAAUUAAACAUGAUCUGACAUUGAGAUCUGCUCAUACUGAAAGAAUAACUGGAUAUUUAUAGAUGUUGAUAAUCGAAAGAGGCCUAAAGAAGAUUGGGUCCAUGUGCAACGUGAGGAGAUGCCAGGCCAAGCAGCUCAAAUGGCAUGGUUACAAUGAUGGAUCACAGAAGAAACUGUUGAUAAACUUGGCUUCAAGUGUCAAGAUUACCUUUUCUGACAGCUUCUAAGUUAACCUAUAUUAUACAAGUGUGUGUUUUUUUUAUUUGGAUUGCUAAACCUGUUUCAUUACUCAGUUAUUUAUAGUGUUACUAUAAAUAUGCUUUGAAGAGAAAAUCCUUUCAUGUGUACAUGUGCAAAAGCUGUGUUUAUUGAAUAAAUAUUUCCACAUAAAUGUGAAAAAUGAGUUUGAAAUGAAUGCAGUCAGAUUCAAUUUAACAGAGUGUAUUUUGACAGAUUUAAAAAAAAUAUCAUUAAGGGAUUGCAGGGAUGACUUGUGCUUCUAUCUGUUGCUUUUAUUGGGUUUUUUGGUCCUGCAAUGUCUAAAACAUUGACAUUUGUAAUAAAAUCUGAUGAAAAUUUC